AAGGCAAAAGUAUAAACUAUGACUGUCUUUUGACUCAAAGAUGAAUAAACUCGUCAUAGAGUACUUACGGAGUUACGGUAGUUGAUAAGUAAGAAAGCAGAGAACAACAAACAGUGAAGAAUGGGAAUUUGGCAGUGGAUUUAUUCACCCAUUGAUGCCGUCAAACAGAACACUCCUGACAUAACGCCGGCGACAGAUAUCUGCCGGAAAACCUACGGUUUUUUUCGUGAUUCUACCGUUCCUGUCGCCGCCGCCGCCGCCUCUAAAGCACGGGACUUUCACGGGUACUUGUCCGAUGAUCAAGUUCGCGACAACCUUAGCAGUUUUGCCCUCAAUGUCUCCAAAAACAGCGCCCUUUAUAUCGCCCGAUCAUAUGGGGGUGGUCCGAUAAUUGAUAUUGUUUCACGAUCAGUACAAGGAAAAAAGGCCGACUCACAUAAGGGUAAGGUGGAGGAGUUUGAGACUAAAUUAGCUAAACUUGAGAAGGAGUUGAGCUCUACACAAUUAGAGAUACAAAGGCUGAGGUCUGUGUCGAAAUCCCAAGAUGAAUUCAACUUAAGUGCAACCACGUAUCAAAGGCCAGAGGAUGUGCUAAACAUGUUUAUGAUGGAGCAAUCUUUGGGUAGUAAACUUUUUGACAACCUGAUCAUUCCUGCCGAUGUUGGAUCUGAGAGGAAGGGGAAGACAGUGUCGAGUACAGAUGGAAAAUGUAAAUAGUAACAAGAAAUGUUCAUUGAUGUACUGUAUUAUUACAUUGUACUAGUGUGGCAUAUACUGGCAUGUGUUUAGAACACCUCGCCCCCCCCCCCCCACCCCCACCUAGCCUGUAUUUUAGUGUUUGAACCCCUCGGCGUCCCCUAGUAUGACCUGUGUUUGAACACUCUACGUCCCCCCUCUCUUGCUUUUCCAUGGUUGAUGCAUCUAUGAAUAUUGCCUAUUUGGUAACAUGAAAGGAAGCAAAGCAUGCUGUCUUGUUAGAUGCGGUGUAUGCUUCAUGAAGUAGCGUGCACUUGAUUAUUCCCAUACAACAUGAUAGAAAAUAGAAAGUUAUUCGUUGUUGAUUGCA